GAGGCCACGAGGCUGCAUUGUAGCACAGCUAACUCCGUUUUACCAAUCUUGUCAACCUGUUGUCAACGAUAAAUGCAAAAAUGGACGAUUUAUCUCUACAGGUUGAUGAAAUUGAAGCACUCGUCGCCAUAUACGACAAAGAAUGGCAGACAACCGACGAAGAGAACAGAGCAUAUGGUAUUGACAUUAGAAAUGAAAAUAGUGUGGUGAGGCUCCAUAUAAAGUUACCUAAUAAUUACCCAUCCACCGUUUCACCAACUUACGAAAUCUCUGCUCCACACCUUAGUGAGUCUCAAAAGAACCACAUUCAUCGCCUCUUGGACGAGGUAUGCUUGGCAAAUCUUGGGCAGAAUGUGAUAUUUCAACUGGUUGAAAAAGUCCGAGAAGUUUUGCAGUUUAAUUUUCAAAGCUCUGCUUGGUCGGAGCUUGAAAGCUCGCCAGAAUCUGAAGAAAUUACCACAGUUCAACCAGUAAAAUUGGACCCCAAUAAUGCGGAAUAUGAAUGUCCAGAUAUUCUACACGGAAGUGUUAUUAUGGACAGAAAAAGUUCAUUUCAAGGACAUGCAGCAAUUGUUCACUCAGUAAAACAAGUCGAACAGGUGAUGCACAAACUACUUGAAAAUAAGAAAAUACAUCAAGCGACGCAUAACAUGUAUGCGUACAGAAUUUAUCGACCGGAUGUGAAUUGUUUUCUUCAGGACUGCGAGGAUGACGGGGAAACACAAGCUGGAAGUAGACUACUGCAUUUGCUACAGAUCAUGGGUGUAAAAGACGCGGUGGUUAUCGUGUCACGGUGGUACGGUGGUAUACAGCUUGGCCCGGAUCGCUUUCGCCACAUCAAUAAUGCUGCCAGGCAAGUUCUUGCGACUGGCAAUUUAAUACCGGACAAAGCUAGAAAGAAAGUGUAGUAGGCAUAUGUUUUUUUUUUAUAAAGUAUUACAUUAACGCUGUACAUAUUAUAAGAGGAAUACUUACAGUCGAUGGUCUUGAUACUAUUUCUUUCGAAUAUGUAUAUACAUGUAGAUACAAAUAAUAUACGUCUUGAACUUAUGCAGCAUUUUUAUAUUUUUUUUUAUUGAUUAAUCGGCCUACUGAUAUUCAACGACAAUUUUAAUCAUAUUUCAACGACUCGUGAAAUAAUGAUCAUCAUUGCAACUGUAUCAGUUUGAAAUAUCUUUCUG